AUGGCGGACGGUGGAGCAGCAGCACCCGCCGCCGUAGCAGCAGCAGCAGCGGUAGCAGAGGCAGCAGCGGCGGCGUCCGGCGGUGGGGCAGCCGCGGAGCCGCCGGCCAAGCGGCUGUGCCUGGGCGACUGCGGGGCGGCGGCGUCGUCGGCGGCGGCGGCCGCGGCGGCCGCAGCGGCUCGAGCGGCCCAGACAAAGCCGGCCCACGGCAGGCUGCACAAGCCCGACACCCUGCUGGACAUCAGCGCCAAGAGAGUGGCGGAGAAAUGGCCCUUCGAGCAGGUAGAGGAGAGAUUUUCUCGUAUUCCGGAGCCAGUUCAACGGAGGAUUAUUUUCUGGUCCUUCCCCAGAAAUGAGCGAGAGAUUUGCAUGUAUUCAUCACUUAGCUAUCAGUGUCAGGAAGGGGAGAAGGAUGGUGAAGUUCCCUUCAACAAAGGAUUACGAUUAUUGGAAACUGGAGCCAUAGAUCGGGUGCUGCAAGUAGGAUUUCAUUUGAGUGGGACUGUGACUGAGCUCGCCAAUCAGGGUGAACCUGAGAAAAUGUACAAAGUUGCCAUCAGCUUUGACCGCUGCAAGAUUACCUCUGUGACGUGUGGCUGUGGUAAUAAGGACAUCUUUUACUGUGGCCAUGUAGUGGCCCUCUCCCUAUAUCGAAUCCGCAAGGCUCAGCAGGUGGAGCUGCGGCUCCCCAUCUCCGAAACGCUUUCGCAAAUGAACCGCGAUCAGUUGCAGAAGUUCGUCCAGUACCUCAUCACUGCCCAUCAUACAGAAGUUCUUCCAACCGCACAGAAACUGGCUGAUGAAAUCCUCUCAUCCUGUUCAGAAAUUAAUCAAGUGCACGGUGCUCCUGACCCUACAGCAGGUGCAAGUAUCGAUGCUGAGAACUGCUGGCAUCUGGAUGAAGAGCAGGUACAGGAGCAAGUGAAAGUGCUGCUGUCAAUCAGUGGAUACUACGGAGCUAGUAAGCAGCUGCACUCCAUGUUUGCCAAGGUGCGGGAGAUGCUCAGGAUGUGGGAUUCCAAUGGGGCUCGUAUGCUGACUCUAAUGACGGAACAGUUUAUGGAAGACCCACGGCUCUCUCUCUGGAGACAACAGGGGACAGGAAUGACUGAUAAAUGUCGGGAGCUGUGGGAUGAGUUAGGUGCUCUCUGGGUGUGUGUGGUACUAAACCCUCACUGUAAGCAGGAGGAGAAAGCUGGCUGGCUCGAGCUACUCAGGAAGUGGAACAACAUGGAUGUCUGCCCGCAAGAAGAUGGUAACUAUGGCAACCACAUCAACGAAACCCCUAGUAUCACUGGUAUACAACACAACUCAAAUCGAAACCAAGCAGGCACCCGGCGAACUGUUUUUGUGCGUGCAAUAGAAGCCUGUGGACUCGACUGGAAAGACUGUCACCUCCGGAAAAUUAUCAGCAGUGACAGCUACACAAACCAGUGGCGAGAUGGAGACCGGUCACUCUUUGACUCUCAGGGGCGUCCCCUUUGGCUUGAGCAUGUCCCAACUGCAUGCGCCAGAGUGGAUGCACUGAGAUCUCACGGGUACCCACGGGAAGCUCUUCGUUUGGCUAUUGCAAUUGUCAAUACACUGCGAUUGCAGAAGAGACGCCAGUUGGAAAUGUACAAGCAACAAAAGAAAGAACUGUUGCAGAAAGGGUCAACCACCAUCUCAAACCAGGAAGGUUGGGUUGGACAUCCCCUGGAUCCUGUCGGGUGUUUGUGCAGGACUUUGCUUGAAGCUUGUAAAAUGGAGGACGACAGCUCUGUAUUGUUCACUGAUUCAAUAAGUGAUAUUAGGAAACCGGUCUAUCAGCACUUUGCAAUUCCUGGCAGCAGCAACACGGGAGAGUCCUACUAUGCCCUUGCACUUGAGGUGGCGCUAAUAGGGUUAGGACAGCAAAGGUUAAUGCCAGAGGGACUCUAUGCCCAGGACAAGGUUUGCCGAAAUGAAGAACAGCUUAUAUCGAUGCUGUCUCAAAUGGAGUUUGAUGAGCGGCUUGUACAAGUUUUGCGUAAACAGACGCUUUUACUACUGGAAGGGGGUCCCUUCAGCGGUCUGGGUGAGGUCGUCCAUCGGGAGAGCGUUCCCAUGCACACUUUUGCAAGAUACUUGUUCAAGGCUCUCCUGCUUCAUGACCCUGACCUGGCCUACAAAGUGUCUCUGAGAGCAAUGAGGCUGCCAGUGUUGGAGUCGAUGGCACCUGCAGGUGAUGGCUCUCACCCGCACCUCGUCGCAUUAGUGGAUCCAAGCCGUUACCCGCGUUGGUUCAUCCUUGGGCACCUUGAAACUCAACAAUGCGAGCUAGCAUCCACCAUGUUGACAGCUGCGAAAGGAGAUCCAAAGUGGCUGAGAGUGGUCUUGGAAUCCAUUCAGCAGAACAUUCAUUCUCCAUCCCUCAUAUACAAGCUAGCGCAGGAUGCUUGCAAAACAGCUACGCCACCAAAUUCUGCACCCGACAUUACACUCCUCAAUGUAUCCCUGGAGCUAGGCUUACAGGUAAUGAGAAUGACGCUGUCAACUAUGAACUGGCGACGUCGUGAGAUGGUCCGUUGGUUGGUGAGCUGUGCUACGGAAGUUGGUGUUUGUGCCUUGAUGAAUAUAAUGCAGAAUUGGUAUUCUCUCUUCACUCCAACUGAAGCCACUACAAUAGUAGCUGCCACAGUGACCUCUCACGCCACUGUUCUGCGCUUGAAUUUGGACUAUACACAACGCGAGGAGCUGGACAGUUGUGCACGGACACUUGCACUCCAGUGUACAAUGAAGGACCCUCAGAAUUGCGCACUCUCAGCGCUGACACUGUGCGAAAAGAACCACGUAGCCUUUGAAACCGCGUACCAGAUUGUCCUGGACUCUGCCUCUACAGGUAUGAGCUACUCGCACUUGUUCACCAUCGCCCGGUACAUGGAGCACAGGGGCUUCCCGAUCCGCGCCUACAAGAUGGCCAGCCUGGCCCUGUCCCACCUCAACGUCGCCUACAAUCAGGACACCCACACGGCCAUCAACGACGUCCUGUGGGCCUGCUCGCUGAGCCACUCGCUGGGCAAGAACGAGCUGGCCGCCAUCGUGCCGCUGGUCAUCAAGAGCGUCCAGUGUGCCCCCGUGCUGUCGGACAUCCUGAGGAGGUGGACCAUGUCCGCCCCGGGCUUGGCUGGCGUUCCUGGCCGCAGGAAUUCCGGGAAGCUCAUGUCGACGGAGAAGGCCCCGCUCUGCCAGCUGCUUAACGCGACGAUCGAUGCAUACAUCAGCACCACGCACUCUCGCCUGACCCACAUCAGCCCCCGCCAUUACAGCGAGUUCAUCGAGUUCCUCAGCAAAGCCCGGGAGACCUUCCUGAUGGCUCAGGACGGGCACAUUCAGUUUACACAGUUCAUAGACAACCUCAAACAAACCUAUAAAGGCAAGAAAAAGCUUAUGAUGCUGGUUCGAGAGCGCUUUGGCUGAAGUUCAGGAUUCCACCCUGGCCCAAGUCUUCCUACGUUGCAGUUGAAGUCCUUUUUAUCUUUUUUUUUUAAUUUUUUCAAAAAAAAAAGCAAGAAAGAGGCAUAAACCCACCUAGUCAUUCCACGUGCAUCAGUAUUCCUGCGGCUGAGAAGCAGGGACUUGGCCCACCCCCCUCCUAGGCACCCGGCUGUCUGGUCCAAGGGAUCUGAUGAGGCUGGAUCAAGGUCUCACUGGUGGUGGAGAGUUGGGGGAUAGUGCUGGCAGUGAGACGUGGGAGCCACCAGUAUUUAAAAGGGGUCGAACUGGUAGGCGAUGAGUCGGUCACCCUGGCUGAGAGUCUCCAGUCGUUUCAUAGAUCUGAGUGUUAGUUGUCUGUUCUGUGAAGCAGUUGUUUACUAAUAGAAAGUGUUCCAUUGCAGUACCUGACAUACAUCAAGUGAGGGAAGCUUUGGAGGGGGGGGGGGGGGGACAAGAAGAGAUGCACAGAGUGUAUACUCCCCAACUAAGGAUUUGCAAGAGUGUUUAAACCUACCUUUUGUCACCCCCCCGCCCCCAAUUUUUUUUUAAACCAGAAGUUCUCGAGUGGCAGGCUGUCAUUCGAAAGGCAACACCCCCCCCCCCAAAAAAAAAGCCUCCGUGCGGAAUCUCAGCAGUGCUGCAAUUGUCAUCGGAGUGGUCCGACUGCUUGGAGCUGAGUUUUCUCGGUGCCCAUUCACCGCUCCCUCUCCCCGUGCAGCGGAAACUCAGCGUGCCGACCCAGGGAAUGUUGGGGGGUGGUGGAGGGGUGGGGGCAGCCUCACGCUGUAAAACCGGCGUGGCACUCUUUUCCAAAGGUGUAUUAUCUGAGCAUGGGGCACUGUUACUGCCCCGCGUAUGUGUGAGAAAUGUGACACGGACGUUUAGUGCCAAAAAAAAGUGGAAGUGUUCCAUUCCCGAGCACAACCCAGAUUUCACUCCCAAUAUCAGUAUUUUUACAUUUUUGAUUUUUUUUUUCCUCUCGAUUCCACCCAUUUAGACUUUGGCUGGAGCAGUUUUCGAUGUAGCUUGAAUGUUCUGGGGUCACCCUUGAGCGCCCCUCUUCAACAACGGGGUCAUUGGUUGGGACGCUGCAUCAAUGCGGCAACAAGAGAUCAGAAGUCAGCCCUUAUUGCAGGGUCACUACUGAGGUGUCUUCACCACCACCCAUCUCCCCCCAGGUGCCUGUCCCUUCUCUCAAGCCGGUGAAUGGUUUACUUUCUCUGUAGCAUUCUCUAACUCUUCAGAAAGAAACAGUCGGAGCAGUCUUAAAAUGUACAAAAAAAAAUGCCGAUGCUGUAGGUCUUAGUCUCUCUCAGCAAGCCUGUCAAAAGAAAUGCCGUCUCUCUGAGGAAGCAAGUCUGUGUACGAGUUAGGAUGAAUAUGGAAGGUACCUUGAUAUUCUGUUCUCUGGGCCUGAGACAGUACGUGCAGGGAAUCGAAUUUCCUUCGUGUGGCAAUUCUCAAGCCCCCGCUUGGUACCCUGACUUCCAGCCAGCUCAAACAAUGACCAAAAAAACACUCACCUGGCAGCCCAGAAAUUCAUAUGGAUUACCACAAACUAACUGCUAUACCAAAACUCCUCUGAUAUAUACCUCUUUGCAGUGUCUCUUCCACUCCAUCCCUUCCCUCCCCUCCCGUCCCUCCCUCUCCUCCCUCUCCCUCUGUCUCCCUCUCCCUCCCCCCUUCCUUCACUCCUUCCCCUUUCAUUCUCCAUCUUCACUCCCCAACACUCGCCUCUCUUCCCUCCUCUUCUCCCCCUUUCUUUUCUCUCUUCCCCCCCCUUUUAUUUCAUGUUUCCCCCCUCUCUUCCCCCCUUUCUCUCUAUUGCUCUCUUCUGCCUUCACCCUCUCUCUUCUCUUUCUUUCUCUCACCUCUCUUACCUCACUCGCCACUGUCCCCCCCCAUAUCUCUCCUCUGAGUUUCAUCUCCCUGCCCCCUCUUCUCUUCACUCUCCCACCCCCCCCCCCCCCCCCCCCAAAACCCUGCAUACUUUUGUCACAUCUCCCCCCACCCCCAUCUUGUCUGGCCACUCCUCCCAUCUUGAUCCCCCACUUUCUCUUUCGCUCUCGUCUCACCUGCCCCACCCCCACACACCCCCAUCCUCCUCUCCUCUCUCCUCCUCCAUUCCCUCAGUCUAUCUCUUGCCAGCAAACUCCUGCCAAACUUGAAUUUUAAAAAAAGAGGAAGCAAACCAAUAAGCCAUUUCUGAUCAGGCAUGUGUUCUGUUUUGUUAAAACAUAAACCUGUGUGUGCUGUGACUGAGCCCAAUCUCAGGGAAGAAGAAGGAAACCUUUUGUAAAUAGUAUUUUAUUUGUCAAAUUAAUAUGAAAGAAAGUUUAAAAGAACCUUUAAUUUAUGGACUGUGUGUAUGCAGUACUUGAAUUUCUUUUUGUUGGUAAACAUUGUAAUCUUUAACUUUUUGGAUGUAUUGCACAGCUGUAGGGAAAAACUUACAACAGCUGCUGGUCAGUUUAAUUGCUCUUGAUUUUUGUACAGUGUAUCCCAAAUUUUUUUUGUUAAAUAUUUAUUGAAGUUUGUAAAUUGUUUCACUGUUGAGAA